GUUCGGAUCCCAACUCCUCUCAACACAUCAGGGGUCCAGCUGAUCUGCAUGAAAGGAAAGGCCAAGUACAAGGCAUCAGAAAAUGCUAUUGUAUGGAAGAUUAAGCGCAUGGGUGGCAUGAAGGAGUCUCAGAUAUCAGCAGAGAUUGAGUUGCUGCAGACAGACACCAAAAAGAAGUGGACCAGACCUCCCAUCUCCAUGAACUUUGAGGUGCCGUUUGCUCCAUCUGGCUUCAAAGUUCGCUACUUGAAAGUGUUCGAGUCCAAGCUCAACUACUCUGACCAUGAUGUAAUCAAAUGGGUUCGUUACAUCGGCCGUUCGGGACUCUACGAGACCAGAUGCUAAUUACCUUUAUCCCAGCUCCUUACAUAGCAUUUACCCAAGGCAGGACAGUAAUGCCCACCAGAUCACCCAGAAAGUGCAUAGCAGAAGCUCUGCUUUAUCAUCAUAUCAUUUUUUUAUGAUUUACCAUACUACCACAGACUUGUGAACAAAGUGUGUCAUGAAUAUAGAAGAGCUAGCUUAGGUAUGGACAUGAACCCAUCAAAUUUAUGUUUAUCAUCAUCUAAGACAGAGUGUGAGUGAGGUGGUGUGAACGUGGACCUGAAGUGGCUCCGGGCUGCCAGCAUGUUAUCAGUGUAGUCUCCUCAGUCUCUUCCAGGCCCUUGUUUGCACCUGACACCCUCUAGCAGGCACUCUAUAUGUGUUCAUGGAAUGAUAUUAUCAAGAGAGUUAGUCACUGUUAUUGAGUCACUUUAUAUAACUGCAUGUAUAUAAUUUUUGAAAAUUAAGUAUACUAUAUACCAAUUUAAUUUAAAAGUUAUGCUAGAUGGUUUAUUUUACUUUACCAUUCUAGUAUAGAUUUGACUCUAGCAAUCAUAAGAAAUACAUUCCUUGUUUUGACUUUUGUUCUACAGUUGUUUUCUAUGAUAGUUUUAGUGACAAGUAGUGAAACUUGUAGGGAAUCUCGACUCCUUCAUUGUUGACAUUUUGUGAUGUUUAAAAUGGUUGCCUAAAAAGUUUAUGGACCCUUCCUUGAGAGCACGUGAGGAGUCUAUUGAAUGCCUCAGACAGCUGCCUAGACGUAGUAGUGUAUAAAAAAUUGAUGGAGACCACAGAUUAGUUGGAGUAUAAGUGGAACCUCAGUGGUUAUCAGCAUUAAGGCAAAUGGUGGUCACAUCUAACACCUAGUGCAGAAUCUUCAGUGUGGUUUGGACAUGUAAGUUGGUGCAUGCUCUUUUUCUCUAUUCUUCAGAUAAUAACUUUUCUUAAUUUUGCAUCUUGGUUUAAAACUUAUUAUUACUGAUCCUAUAUUAUUUCACUUGGCAUGGAGAAGGCAGUCCUUAAAAUAACUAAUCUUAGUGGUAUUGAGGGGGGCAUUUGUUUUGCAUUCUUCAUUCCCAGAAAAGACCUAGUUAAUCAGGACCUGAAAACUAACAUUUUCUUUUGCUAUGUUGAAUUCAUCCUUCAUUAACAUCCUCAUAUCAUUUUCUUGUGACACUCAAUCAACCUGACUGAUUAUUAUUGGUGUGGCGCAGGCUGAAAAAUACUAACUGACCAAACGACUCAUUACUAACCUUGAUGCAGCCCAAUCCUUUUGCAUUCAUACAGAGCCUUAACCCCCCUCCUCCCUGGCUUUAAGGUAAUCAGUAAGACGUUUGCACGACUCUGCCUGGUCCGCAUGGAUUGUGGUGUUGAGUUCCGAGAGGCCGAUGUUGUGCACCCAUUUGAUGAUGUCAUGGCUCACAUUCAGUCUUGUUCUCGAGCUACCCCAAAACACAAGCAUGGGUUAGCAUUGCCUGACUCCAGCUGACAAUGUUCUCUGACCAUCUGCCUCUGAUGCUGCUGCUACUGCUGGUGUAGUUAUAAUGAAACAAAGUGUAUUCUCUAUUGUCAAAGUGUCUUUGAUUAAACCCGUGAUGUAUGUAUAAAUGUAAGAAAUAUUUAAUAUAUAAAAAGACAAAUUUGAAUAGAAACCUCAAAAUUUGCACAAGCAAGGCAUUUUGAGAGUUUUCUUGUAUCAAUAGGAUGUGGAGUUGUUUUCUAGUAGGGGGAAAAAGUUUUGCCCUCAGUCAUCCUGUAAGACCUACCCAGAUCCCUCUGCUAAUGCUGCUUAUGCAAAUUACUAAUCACUUUUUUUUGGCAUUUCUGCUUAAAAAAAACUGGAGACCACUGCUGGCUUGUUUACAUGAUACAAACACCAUCACCAAGCUGAACAGCCCAUAAUUCAUCACUAGAUACAGUACAUAUACUCAUAUUUCUCAGGAUCUCUUAUGUACUUGCAUCCUAAUUUUGUAUGAUGCAUAUUUUGGGAAAUUUCAAAGAUCAGACUCAUUUUCAAAACAAUGUUAAACAGCCACCAGAAGAUUUACUAUUAACCGGUAUAUAUAAAAAGUCAUUUCAGCAAAAUUAAUACUUUACUUGAGCAAGUUUUUAAUAUGUUACAUUACUAAUAUCUAAGGUUCAUUAGUCUCAUGAUGACAAUAAUCUUUGGCUGUGAAAAAGUAGAUACUCAAGUGUUUGUUAUCACUACUCAAUUGUUACUUUUUUAUUAGUUAUUAAGUUAUUAGAGAUGUUUUGAAAAUGAGUAUACAAGUACCUGCUUCAACAAAGUAGUCCAGAGGGAAUGUUAACUUCCAAUGAUCCCAACUCAACAUGUGUUAUAUUUUACCAGAGUUACUUUUCUUUCCAUGAUGAUGCCUCUCUUUGUACCUUUAUCCUUCUUAGACCUUCCCUCACAGCAGUCAGCCACUCUCACUGCAUCCAUCACAAUCUUCAGAAACACGACACACUAUUUGAGGAUAUGCACACUGCCCACAUGCAACAUUCAGACUCAAAUGAAUUGUUUGUGACUAAGAACAUUUGUGUACUACAUAAAUAAUUGUUCCAUAAUGGAUGACACAUUACAGGCAGUACUAAAUAAACAACUUGUUAUUGUA